AUGGCUGCUCAGCACGGCGACCUUGGCCAUCUCCUACCGUUGACCUAUAAGCGUAUGAUUGCCGCUUGGUUGGAAGAGGAUUGUCCGAGUUUAGAUUACGGCGGCUUCGUGGUUGGGGAGGUUGAGGGCGAGGCAAAGUUGCUGGGCAAGAGUAAUGGAGUGGUAGCUGGUGUUCCCUUUUUCAAUGAGGUUUUUGCGCAACUAGGCUGCACCGUCGAAUGGAAAGUCAAAGAAGGAGACAAAAUCGAACCGAUUACAGUUUGCGCCAUAGUCAGAGGCCCUAUGCGAAAAUUGCUCCUCGGGGAACGAGUUGCGCUCAACAUAUUGGCUCGCUGCUCGGGAAUCGCCACAAAAACAUCAUCCCUGCUUAGUAUUCUGCGAUAUCAUGGGUGGAACGGCAUCCUAGCAGGCACUCGCAAGACCACCCCUGGAUUCAGGCUCGUCGAAAAGUACGGCAUUCUUGUAGGCGGUGCUGAUCCACACCGUCACGACCUCAGUUCGAUGACCAUGUUGAAGGAUAACCACGUCUGGGCAUGUUAUAAUAAGGAUCGGGCGUCCCACACUGCUAGCGGCGAGAAUAUAACCAUUGCAGACGCGAUUCCGUCCGCCGUCGAUGCUGCUCGAGCGGCUGGUGGGUUCGCUGUCAAGAUAGAGGUCGAAUGCCGCAGCAUUGAGGAGGCUAAUGCGGCUAUUGGUGCUGGCGCGGAUAUUGUGAUGUUGGAUAACUUUACGCCAGAAGGCGUGCGUGAGGCUGCGCAGCAGUUGAAAGACGAGUGGGAUGCCAAAGGCAAACCGAGGGGAAGCUUCCUGGUGGAAGUUAGUGGGGGGUUGAGGGAAGACAAUGUGGCCGACUUUGCUUGUGAGGAUGUUGAUAUCCUGUCAACCAGUAGCAUUCAUCAGGGCGUGGGCAUUAUUGAUUUCUCGUUAAAGGUUAUGUUAAGCUGA